AUUCCCAUCUCUCUCUCUCUCUCUCUCCCUCUCCCUCUCUCUCUCUCUUCCUAUCUAUAUAUACAGUGUAAACACACGCAUACACAGCAGCACAAUAUUUCCUUCCUUUCGCCCUAAAAACCUCCUCUCUCUAAGUCUGUGUGCCCGACAUGCCUCAGGUCGAUCUCGACACCCUCGUUUCCAUCUGCUCCGGCGGCGGCGACUGCAAGAUCGCCUGCGAACCGCUUCAAGCCCACGCCGCCGGCGAACAACCUCUAGACGACAACGACGACGACGAGAAGAAGCCAGAUCUUCCGCAGCAGCCGGAUUCCCCGCCGGAAUCGUUCUGGCUCUCCAGGGACGCCGAGUUCGACUGGUUCGAUCGCAACGCCUUCUACGAGCGCAAGGACUCGGGCAAGGGCUCCACUUCCGGCAACUUGAACCCGAAUUUGAACCCGCACCUGCACUCGAACAACUCCUCGUCGCAGAGGUUCUCGAAGAACCUGAAGGCCAAGGCGAAGAUCAUCGGGCUGCCGAAGACGCAGAAGGCGAGCUACGUCGACGCGAACCGGAGGAACUGUAAGAAAAAACCGGCCAACGCUCGGUUUUUUAAUAGUAACAAUAAGGCGCUGGUGGAGCCGUCGUCGCCGAAGGUGUCGUGUAUGGGGCGAGUGAGGUCGAAGCGGGGGCGGAAGAAGGUUAGGAGCGACGAGAAGAAGGCGAAGGCGGUGGAGAAGGCUACUAGGGGGGUGGAGAGGAGCCGGACCGGUUUGUACGGGCGGUUUAUGGCGAUCUUCCGGUCGAAGCGGAGGACGGGGCCUCCUCCGCCUGUGGAAGAAUCGCCGCCAAGGAGGAGCGUGGAGGUUCGGUCGUCGUUUAGGGGGGAGCCGCCCGGUUUGGGAGGGAUGACGCGGUUCGCGUCGGGGAGGAGGUCGGCGUCGUCGUGGGCUGGGGAUGAAUGAGAGAGAGAGAGAGAUGGUGACGUGGCGAGAUGGGACUGGUCGACGGCGGCUGAAAGGUCGGGUGGGCCCAGGGGUCGUUGGUCUAAUAUGGUGGGUUGGUGUGAAUUCCGGGUUUGGUUUGAGUGACGUGUGACGUUGAAUAACGAAUUCCUCGUCGUUUCCAAGGGUAAAAUCGGAGUAAAAGCAACAGUUUUCACAUUUUUAUCCCCCCUCCCUCCCUUUUUUUUUUUUGGAAGUUUCGUGCUUUGUUUGCAACACUUUUAGGGGUAGCUUUAUGUAAAUAGAAGUGCGAUUUUUUUGGUAGUAUUUGUAUAAAUCAAAUCAAAUUUUGAGUGCGGGAAA